AAUUUCUCUCGCUCUUUUCUCUCCCCGUCUCUUUCUCCGUCUCUCUCUUUCUCUAAUCUCUUUCCCAACUUAUUAAAUUCCUACUAAUCUUCCAGAUUUUAUUUGCAUCCAUCUCUCUGAUCUUUUUUUUUUUUUUUUUAAUUUUUGGGGAAAAUUAAAUAUUUUCUUUAUUUUCUUUUUAGACUACGGUUUCUCUGGGAUUUUUUUUUUACUUUUAUACCCUUUCUGGGUUUUUACUUUUUUACUGUCCAUCCAUUAUUGGAUUAAAUAAACUUUUUAUUAAUUGGUUUAUUUUAAAAAUACUUCCCCGAUAAAAGGGGAUUUUUCAAUUUUAUGGUAUAUUUGGUGCUGACGUGGCAUGCACCGAGAAAAGAGAUAUGAAUACCAAAACGAUGCGUCUACCCCCUCGGCGCGUUUUGACGCCAACCAAGCGCAAAGAGAGAGACGACUACAAACCGCCAACUACAAAAUCGCUCAAGCCGACUCCCGCCCAACCCGAAUCUUACAAAGCUCCCGACCCGGUUUCGUCGUCUAAUCAGCUACUAGCCGGGUACUUGGCUCACGAAUACCUUACCAAGGGCACGCUCUUUGGUAAACCUUUUGACGCAGCGGGAGAUCAAGCGGGUUCGGGUCAUGGUUCGGGUCAAGUAUCAGCUGUGGAGCCGAUGAAGGUUAAGCUGGGAAAGAAGGAUGAAGCCGAGCCGCAGUUGAAAACGUACGUGGAAGUAGCAAGUUUGCUAAAGACAGGUGGGGCCCACAUCCCGGGCAUUGUCAACCCUACACAGCUAGCGCGCUUCUUACACAUGUGAUUGAAGUUGGGGAUUAAAAUUUUCUCGCGGAGAAGAAAGGAGGACGUUGGACUUGGUGGUGGUAGUAAAGCGGUAGAGACUGUUAAGGGAGAUAGGUAAAGGUAAUUAGAGGAGAUUAGAGUGUUAAUAUUGGAGUGAUAAGAUAAGAGGAUGAGCAUGAGGGAGGCGUCAAUCAUGCAUGUAAAGUAAAUUUCAUCUCAUGUAUCAUCAAUGUUAACAUCAAUCAAAAUUAAAAUUGCUUUUUCUUUCCUAUUUAA